AAAACAGGAAGUAUUGUUUAAAGAGUGAGAAUGCGGGGCUCUCGUUGGGUGUCUCUGUAGGAGGGAGUUUUAAACUACCAGCACGUUCACACGGUUUUGCUGUAACUACCAAGCAAAAAGCGGUCUCUCAAAAUAAUUGCUUGGUAUCGCGAUUUCGGACACGCGCAGCGGAUUCGUGUGUGUUGACACCGUAACCGAAAUAUUUUAAUUUACUAGUUAUCUCAACAUCCGAUUAAUUUCGUAAAUUGCAGGUUAUUUAACCCUUAGAUAAUUUGUUGUGUUCAGUCAUUUAAUAGAUUUGGUCAUACUGAUUGUUCUUAAAUCGCUAUGAUACAACUUCAAUUUGUAGAACAAAGUUCGACGAAAGCAACGCUUACCAUCCUGCUUCGCUGCUCGGAAUUAACUCGGUAUUUUCUACCCUGCUCAGUGACAUCUAAUGUUACCCUACAUCUACUAUUACUGAAACUGUACAGUAAUAUUUAUAGAAUAAACUUUACUUCGAUGUGUUAUUACACAGUUUCUGAAAGAGGCUAUUUUGAUCAUGAUAUUUUAUUAUGGGUUUUCUGUUUCACGAUUCGUCCGUCGGGUUUCUUUUUGCAGACGGUCCCUGAGGUUUAAAUCCAUCCCAGCAUGCACUGCACAUCUAACGGCUUUAUACUGUAGGACCUCAUUGCCGGUAGCUGCGAAUCAAACGGAUUCCGGGUCCGUGAGCCGAACUCGGGCCGAACCUGCUCGAGACUGACGAACCACGCGUGUCCCACAGCCGCAGGACGCAGCUGGGCGCGUGUCACCGAGAUCUGGCCUGACGACGUGAGGUUGUAAGAAGCAGCGCUCCGCGGUGAUCAGCGACAACCCGAGCAUUCAGAACCGGACAGUAACCAGAUGGAUUUGGAGCUGAGCAGAACUGAGCUGGAUGCCAUGGCUGAGUCACUACAGUGUCAGACGCCGAGCCGGCAUGAAAAGAGUCUCGGAUUACUAACGACUAAAUUUGUUAAUUUACUACAGGAGGCUAAGGACGGAGUGCUAGACCUCAAAGUAGCAGCUGACACACUUGCAGUCAGACAGAAGAGGCGCAUCUAUGACAUCACCAAUGUUCUGGAAGGGAUUGGUUUGAUUGAAAAAAAGUCCAAGAACAGCAUCCAAUGGAAGGGUGUGGGGCCAGGCUGCAACACGCGGGAAAUCGCAGACAAGCUGAUCGACCUGAAGGGGGAGCUGGAGGACCUGGAUCGACGGGAACAUGAGCUGGACCAGCAGAGGGUCUGGGUGCAGCAGAGCAUUAAAAAUGUGACAGACGACACGCAGAACAGUCGUUUGGCCUACGUUACUCAUGAUGACAUCUGCAGCUGCUUCAAAGGGGACACCCUCCUGGCCAUUCGCGCUCCCUCAGGCACGCAGCUGGAGGUGCCCAUCCCUGAGACGGUAUCAAACAGGCAGAAAAAAUAUCAGAUUCACCUGAAGAGUGCAAUGAGCCCCAUCGAGGUUCUGCUGGUCAAUAAGAACCUGCCUGGUUCCACCCCGGUGGUGCUGCCUGUCCCCCCGCCUGAGGACAUGCUCCAGGGGUCGGCGGUCCCUCCUGCCACCACCCCUAAGCAGACGCCUCCAUCAGCUGGGCCCGGCGCCCCUCAGACUGCAGAUGGCACCCGCAGACGGCGUUCCACAGUCUCUCCUACCUCUGCCCCAGGCGUUGGUGCCUCUGAGCCUGCCUCAGUGGCAUCGAGUUGCACCAAUGCCGUCGAACGUGUCUCAACCACCAAAGAUGCACCCGCCCCUUCUAAAACAUUAUUGGACGUCCAGCCGCUCCAGUCUUCCACCUCAUUAGACCAGAGCUCCUUGGUCCCGCCCACUGCAGCAGUCUUUGAAACUGUCAUGGCUGAUGUCCCGGACUUGAUGGAGUUUCCCAAGGAAUUCUCAGAGAUGUUUGACCCCACAAAAGAAAUCAUGAGUGCCGAUCUCCUGGAGGAGCUCAUGUCCUCAGAAGUUUUCUCCCCCCUGCUGCGACUCUCCCCUCCACCAGGGGACCAUGACUACAUAUACAACCUGGAUGAGAGCGAAGGCCUCUGUGACCUUUUUGACAUUCCCAUCCUAAACCUUUGACCCCUGAAAUCUGUUGUGAAGGACUUGUAAAUAGCUAUUUGACUAAAAGUAAAACACAAAAGGAAUAUUUUUUACAUUUUUGAAGAAGGGCACAGCAAGGAAAAUGCAUCUAUUUUUGGAUUAUAGUUGUACUAUAAACUGACAGAAAGAAUAGUUUUGUGUGCUUGUCAUUCUUCUUUUUGUUUUUUCCCCCCUGCUUUUUUACCAUUCUCUGAAGAAGAGGAGGACCUUGUGACUGUGCUAGUAGGAACACAGGAGUGAGGUCUCCACCACUGUGUUUUAAAGACAAUGAACAGGCCAAAUGGCCAUAAUAUAGCCAUGUGCUGUUCGAGAUCCCAGAGCGACGUAGAAACAUGCUGUGUAUGUUACAGGAGUCGACAGCAAAGGUCUUGAAGAGCUACCUGUCAGCAUGCGGAAGGCGAACUGUCCGUAGCUGCAGUCCUGCUUUUGUCUUACCGUGAGGGGGCAGUUGGAGUCAAGUUUAUUUUUGAUAGCGAGGAGACACCAGCAGCAGCUCUCUGCACACCCAAUUACUACAGUCACUGCCAGGGUCAUCUGUUGUUUUUGUUUUCUGUAGGAAAAUGUAUGGUACCCUUAAAACACUUAGCAAGUGUUUGCUCAAAGUCAUCUGUUUAGACAGAUAAGCCAGUGUAAAGCCCAGUCUUAGGAGAGGAUACUACUAUUGGCUCUCCAAGUCACAUGACUCCACUGCCGCCUUUAUUCCUUGCCUGAAGUCAAGUUUUCAUUGGUCACAUGGGUCCCACACAUAAAUGUCUUUUUUUUUUAAUGCACAAUACCUUCUUGGGUGUUUGUGAUUAGUUCCUUUUUAAGAGCAGCACUUGUUUUUAUUUUGUAUUAUUAUUUAUUUUUGGUUCACAAGGGCGGGGAAUUUUCCUCUCUCUUUAAGCUGAGAUCUAACAUACUUUUUUCCCCUUGCCCUAGGACUGCUGUGUUCUGUUGUCUUGUAAAAUAUAGAAAUCAAACCUUUAGUAGAUCCACCCAGCCUUUUUUGCUGUCUGCCUUUCUGUUUAUUUUCCUUAUUAUUUAAUUUAGUGCCAUAUGCAAGAACAGGCUUCUGUCAAGGGAUAAACUGCUGUUACCAUGUUCUUUGCACAGUUAUGAUGUAUCAUUGUUUUUCUAUGGCAUUGGGGAGCGUAUUAUAAGAGCAACCAAUUCAAAUUUAAACUGGAAGUUAAUUUGUAUAUUUUUGAUAUUAAACACUUCUUUUAUAGGUCUGUGUGACAUUAGUAGAUGUUUGACCUUAAUAAAAAAGUAUAUGGAGGAAGUGAGGCCAAGAACUUCUAAAGUAGGACUAGUUAGGUAUUUAACUCCUCGCUCCACAUUUGAGCCUUAAUUAAGGAGUUGUCCGGAAGGGUGGAAACAGGCUGGGGUAACCAGCCCCUCUUUUCUCAGAGUCUUAUAUAAAAAGUAGUAUAUUCUGCAUUUGGCAGCUUCUUUUACAGCAUCAUUUGGGCCAUUUGCGUGGUUGCAUGUUGGCUGAAUAUUUUGUUGACCGAGCUCCAGUCAAGACAAGUUAGCGACUGCCAGUUUUGUUGGACAUUGAGGACUGUUUGCAGGUUUUCUGUCCUGAAAUGUUUUGGGAUGUGGUCUUCUGUGGAAUCAUUUUCUGUAUCAUCACGUAUCAUCUGAUCCAAACCCACCCUUGACAGUCAAGGAUAUCAGGGCUUGUGUGUAGUCAUAUUUCAAAAAGUCUAAAGGAACAAAUAUUUCUCACUUAUCUUCCCUCAUUCUCUGCAGCAUAUGGAUAUGACCUGUUUUUUUUAUUAUCCUGAAAACUUUCAUCAUCUACCAGCUAUAUGUCAACACCCCCACGGUUGCGAUCACAUUCUUUUCUGUGUUUUUACGUUUCCCAAAGUCUUUAUAGAUAUUAUCGUAACUGGCUACUUCAGUGUCCCUCUAUUCGUUUCCCUUUUGUGACAGAAGAUUGUGUUGCAACGUUUUACCAUACCAAUUCACUGUUGGUGCCCAGUAACAGUUUCCAUGGAGACCAAUAACAUCAGCACAUACACAGGAUGAACUGGGGAACAUAAGUAGUUCUGGUGUGUCGAGGCAUCAUUGCAGGGUUUGAAACAUGGGGCUGCUAAGCAAAACCCUUGGUAAGUUUUAUUAUGGAUCGUAAAACAGCUUUUGUAUCUCGGUUUUGGUACAGCCUGUAAUCAGAGAUCAUUUAAAAAAUAAAGACAGUUGCAUUGUAUUGUGUUAA